GAGCCAUUUUUAUCAUUGAGAGCUUGGAUUAUGAAAGGUCUCAUGAGUACUACUUGACAGUGGAAGCCACAGAUGGAGGCACACCUUCAUUAAGUGAUGUUGUAACAGUGAAUAUUAAUGUAACAGAUAUCAAUGACAAUACUCCGGUGUUUAGCCAAGACACAUACACUGCAGUAAUCAGUGAAGAUGCUAUGCUUGAACAAUCAGUCAUUACAGUUAUGGCAGAUGAUGCCGAUGGACCUUCAAACAACCGCAUUCACUACACAAUUAUAGAUGGCAAUCAGGGAAAUCCUUUUACAAUUGACCCUACCAGAGGUGAAAUAAAAGUGACUAAACUCCUAGACAGAGAAAAGAUUUCAGGAUAUACCUUGACAGUUCAAGCUUCAGAUAAUGGAAACCCACCUAAACUUAACACAACCACAGUUAAUAUUGAUGUUUCUGAUGUAAAUGACAAUCCUCCGGUAUUCUCAAAAGGAAACUAUAGCGUUAUCAUCCAGGAAAAUAAGCCUAUUGGAUUUAGUGUGCUACAGCUAGUGGUGACAGACAAGGAUUCUUCUCACAAUGGCCCUCCUUUUCUCUUCACCAUCCUGAGUGGAAAUGAAGAGAACACUUUCCAGAUUAACCAGCAGGGAGUGCUAACAACAACUGCUGCACUGAAUCGCAAAGUGAGGGAUCACUAUUUACUUCAUGUUAAGGUGUCAGAUAAUGGAAAACCACCGUUGUCAUCUUUGACUUACAUUGAUAUUAGAGUUAUUGAGGAAAGCAUUUAUUCUCCAGCAAUUCUGCCUCUAGAAAUCUUUAUCACAGCCUUUGGGGAAGAAUAUUCAGGUGGUGUCAUUGGAAAAAUUCAUGCAACCGAUCAAGAUGUUUAUGAUACUUUGACAUACAGUCUGGACCCCAAAAUGGAAUCCUUGUUCUCUGUUUCCAGUACUGGUGGCAAACUAAUAGCACAUAAAAGGUUAGACGUAGGACAGUACCUCCUAAAUGUCACUGUUACAGACGGAAAAUUUACAACUGCAGCUGACAUUACUGUACACAUCAGACAAAUCACACAAGAUUUACUAAAUCACAGCAUUGCAAUACGCUUUGCGAACCUUGCCCCUGAAGAAUUCAUCGGUGAUUACUGGCGCAAUUUCCAGAGAGCUUUAAGAAACAUUUUGGGCGUGAGGAGAAAUGACAUCCAGAUUGUUAGUUUGCAGCCUUCUGAUCCUCCUUCAAACCUCGAUGUCGUCCUGAAUAUUGAAAAGUCUGGCAGCUCUCAGCACCCAAUGAGAAUUUUGCUCCACAAGAUAAACUCCUCUGUGCCUGACCUAGAGGAGAUUUUAGGUGUCCGGAUAAUCGAUGUUUUCCAUAAGCUUUGCACAGGCAUAGAUUGUCCUUUGAAAUUUUGUGAAGAAAAAGUAACAGUGGAUGAGAACGUUAUGUCAACCCACAGCACAGCCAGGUUGAGUUUUGUCACUCCUCGUCAUCACAGAACAGCAGUUUGUCUUUGUAAAGAAGGGAAAUGCCCCCUGGUGAGUAGCGUGUGUGAAGGAAACCCAUGCCCUGAAGGUACCGAAUGUUUAGGAGAUCCAAAGGAAGGAAAAUACACCUGUGUUUGCCAAGACAGCAAAGCUGGACAGUGCCCUGGUAGCUCUGCUGUGACAUUUACUGGCAGCAGCUAUGUGAAAUACCGUCUCAUGGAAAAUGAGAACAAAGAGGAAAUGAAGCUGACAAUGAGACUUAGAACUUACUCUGCUCAUGCAGUUGUUAUGUAUGCUCGAGGAACAGACUACAGUAUCUUAGAGAUUCACCAUGGAAGGCUGCAAUACAAAUUUGAUUGUGGCAGUGGACCUGGGAUUGUCUCCGUUCAGAGCAUUCAGAUUAAUGAUGGCCAGUGGCAUUCAGUAUCUCUUGAAGUGGAUGGAAAUUAUGCACGACUUGUUCUGGAUAGGGUGCAUACUGCCUCUGGUACUGCUCCUGGUACACUUAGGACACUAAACCUAGAUAAUCACGUAUUUUUUGGUGGUCAUAUUCGGCAGCAAGGUACAAGACAUGGUAGAAGUCCUCAGGUUAGCAAUGGUUUCAGAGGAUGUAUGGAUUCUGUUGUACUUAAUGGACAAGAGCUGCCCUUGAACAGUAAGCCUCGAAAUUAUGCACACAUGGAAGAAUCUGUAGAUGUGACUCCUGGGUGCUUACUGACUACCACAGAAGGUUGUUCAAGCAGCCCAUGUCAGAACGGAGGCAUCUGCAAUGCACUGUCUAAUGGAGGUUACUACUGCAAGUGUGCACCUUUGUUUAUGGGAACUCACUGCGAUGUAAGCGUCAACCCGUGUGCUUCCAACCCCUGCCUUUAUGGUGGUACUUGCAUCCCAGUCAGUGAUGAUUUUAUCUGCCAGUGCCGAGGACAGUACACAGGCCAAAGGUGCCAGCUGGGUCCAUAUUGCAAAGACAAUCCCUGUAAAAACAGCGGCAAGUGUAUUGACAGCUUGGAUGGACCUGUUUGUGAGUGUGAAGCAGGCUUUCGUGGAGAAAGGUGCCUGAGUGAUGUCGAUGAAUGCAUUGAAAACCCAUGUCUUAAUGGUGCCCUCUGUGAGAAUACUUAUGGUUCAUAUCACUGCAAUUGUAGCCGUGGAUUUGGAGGAAAACACUGCACAGACAUUGUUCUUAACAAAUACGUUUCAACGUCUUGGAACAUUAGCUUAGCCGAAGUGAUUGGGAUUAUUGUUUUCAUCGCAGGAAUAUUUUUGUUAGUUGUGAUUUUUGUUGUUUGCCGCAAAGUGAUUAGUAGAAGGAAGAAGCACCAGCCAGAACCUGAAGACAAGCAACUGGGAGCUACAACAGCUUUCUUGCAAAGACCUUAUUUUGAUGCAAAAUUGAAUAAGAACAUCUAUUCUGACAUCCCACCACAGGUUCCUGUUCGUCCCAUUUCAUACACUCCAAGCAUUCCAAGCGACUCCAGGAACAAUCUUGACAGAAAUUCUUUUGAGGGGUCUGCUAUCCCCGAGCACCCAGAGUUUAGUACUUUUAAUCCAGAUUCUGUACACGGUCACCGGAAAGCUGUAGCUGUUUGCAGCGUAGCACCAAAUUUGCCACCUCCACCUCCCUCCAACUCUCCUUCAGACAGCGAUUCAAUACAGAAACCUAGCUGGGAUUUUGACUAUGACACUAAAGUAGUAGAUCUUGACCCCUGCCUUUCAAAAAAGCCUCUGGAUGAAAAAAGCUCCCAUCCUUACAGUGCUAGAGAAAGCAUGUCUGAGGUCCAGUCGCUCAGCUCCUUCCAGUCUGAAUCAUGUGAUGACAAUGAAUCUUUUGCUGUUCCUGACCUCAGCAAUUCAAGAGGUUAUCACUGGGAUACAUCAGACUGGAUGCCAAGCGUUCAGUUGCCAGGUAUCCAAGAGUAUCCAAAUUAUGAAGUGGUUGAGGAGUCAGCUCCCCUCUACACAGAUCCAAACGCCAUCGAUACAGACUAUUACCCUGGCGGUUAUGACAUAGAAAGUGAUUUUCCACCUCCACCUGAUGACUUCCCUGCACCUGAUGAGCUUCCACCAUUACCACCAGAAUACAGCGACCAGUUUGAGUCAAUACAGCCACCCAGAGACAUGCCGGCCAUAGGUAGCUUGGGUUCAUCUACAAGAAGCAGGCAGAGAUUUAACCUUAAUCAGUACCUUCCGCAUCACUAUCCUGCAGACAUGUCAGAACCUCAGACCACAACCAGUGGUGUCAACGGCAGUUACAGAGAACCUUAUGCUCCUUAUGCGUUAGGGUACAAUAGAGACUUUGAAGCACCCGCUGUAGACAACAUGUCCAUGUCUGUGUACGCUUCCACAGCUUCAUGCUCUGAUGUGUCAGCAUGCUGUGAAAUGGAGUCUGAAGUCAUGAUGAGUGACUAUGAGAGUGGAGAUGAUGGUCAUUUUGCAGAUGUGAAAAUUCCUCCACUUGAUUCCCAGCAACACACAGAAGUCUGACACACUCAACAAAAGUGCCUGGACUCAAACAAACUUUGUCACUUCUAGAACAACUUUCAAGAGCUUUUUUAUUUUUUUCUUUUUCCCAGCCACAGCAAAUGCUUUUGUUUCAGUGAGCUAAACUGGCAUGGCAGCAUUGGAUCAUGCAGUUCAUUUUACUAAAUCAGCCUAUUUCCAUUUCCUGACCUACUGUAAUUGGACAGUUCCAAGAUUUCCAUUGUCUCUGCCCUUUCUGAACAUCCCUUUUGUACUUACAUUGUCUAUGUUAAAAAAAAAAAAUCACAUACCACUUUUCCAUGUUAGCAUGAUGCAUAUAUUUAUAUAGUUCUAAUGCAAUUAAUUUUCUCCUACUUUUUGUAAAUUUUAUGUACAGUUUUGAUUUUAAUAGUUUUAACUAGAUUUUUGUAGAUAUUUUGUGAAUUUCUUUUCCACUGAAACUGGUGGUGUUAGUGUGCCAUUAAAAAACUAGCACCCUGACUUAUUAUAAUCAGGGCAUCACUGUAUGCAUUCCCCUGAAAACUAAGGUUUGACAUUUCAUUAUAAAAAACCCAACGUAUUCACACAGUUCCAGUUGUACAUAGGUUAGGUCUGAUAUUUUUCUGGGUCAGCUACAUGGAAAUGUCUUAAAUGGGUUGCUGUAUUUUAGAACUGUAAACAUUUUUUCCCUUCUUGGAAAGUGUGUUGGGGACCCUCUAUAUACCAGUUUAGAACCAAAACCACCAUGACACAGUUUUUAUAGUGUCUGUAUAUUUGUGAUCCAAUGGUCUUGUAAAGGUUUUUACUGAAAAUUACCAUUAGCCAGUCUUUCUUACUGACAAUAAAUUAUUAAUAAAAUACUUUAGCUUUGCUCUGUGUAUCUCUAUUAUAUAAUAUACAAUUGACAAAGCAUUCAGUGCAGCAUUUUUAAGUCUGUAAAUGUUUUGUACUGUAUUAAGUUAAGUUACUUGCUCCGAGCAACACAUUUUCCUCUCCUCAGAAAUCAAACCACAGCUAUGUUAGAGAAGCUCACUAGAUGGCAGUGUGUGUCUACUUCAUGGUGUUUUUAAAAGUAAUCUGGCCAGUAUGAAUAAAGAUUGAUGGGUAUCAAACUUCAGUAGCUUUCUCGGUAGUUUGCAUUUUUCUUUAAACAUACAAUAUCAGCUAUGUAAAUUACUGAGUAUUUUUUCUGAAGUCCCAAAAAUAUAUACAGAAAAAACCUCAAGCUCUU